AUGGGAAACGACUCAAAUGAUUUGAGGCUAUACCCCCUUGUCCUAUGUUAUACCGAUUUAUGUCGCCGAAAUAUGAGACUUGGAGAAGAUGGAAAGUUAAUCUAUCUGGUCGAUUGGGGCCAUGCUAGGUUUUAUCCACACUUUUAUGAAGUGGCGUCACCCUCAUACAUGAAUCCUUAUGAUGCUACCUACCAGGGACCUCUUAUAGAAGCUGUGGAGUUGUUGAUACAGUUGACAGAUGAUGAGAAAAACAUGAUGAAACUGAUCCUUUAUGCCCUAUACACCCUCUGCCGAGCGAGGAGAUUUAGCUUUCUACAUGUCAAAUCGCUUUGGAAAAUUAUAUCAGUAGACAGUGGACUCCAGUUGUUGAACUAG